AUGGCAGUCCGGCCGGGUGAGGAGAACGUAGCUACUCUAUUCGGGGAUGUUCAUUAUUUCUACGGCCAGCCCACGGACAAGCCUCGUCAUCAUCGAUUUGACAAGGGCUCGUACAUCUACUUGUUUGAGGAUGCAAACAACCGCCGGGCGCGUGUAGAGAUCGCGAACCAACCCGGGACUGAUGACCAGGAUGCCUUUGACGGCUUUCUUGACAAAACCCAGAUCCGCUACUCUUACAAGCAGACAUGCAUGGUCUCUGUCACGAUCGGGGACGUUCCAAACCAAGAGGAGUGGCACCUGCCGACCUUUGACCCCCAGAACCAGAGCAAGUACCACUACAAGCUAGAAUCGCUCGACAUCUACUUCUGGACGCAGCAGGAUGCGCUCCAGUUCGUCAAUGGCAUUCGCCGAGUCUUGCCGCCGGCCCAGGUCGAGGUCCUGGACGAGCCGGGCCCGCCGCCGCCAAGGCAGGCGAGCGACAUGAGCUCCGUCGUGCAGAAGCUCGAACAGGCGGCCAUCUCCGACACGGCUGCUGCGCAGAAGCCUCAGCAGGCGAACGGCGGCGCGCCCUCUUUCGCGCCGCCUCCGAUGUCUGCCGUCUCGGGAGGCUCCGGCGGCUCGCCGCCGCACAACUUCGCGCCCAUCGCCUACAACCCCGCCGCGCCGGCCGCGCCGGAGUCGAUCCAGCACCGCGAGAAGACCCCGCCGCCCGAGGACGGCGGCAUGAACCCGCUGCACCAGACGCUUGCCUACGACGCGACCACGCCCUUCAGCCCGGGCCUGGUGCCGACCGGGCUGGGUCCGCUCAGCCCCGGCAUACCCCCGCCGCCGUCGAUGCACUCGCCUCCCGGGGCCCCGUCGUUCCCGGCCCCGCCGCAGCACAGCGUCACCAGCCCCGGUCUGCCGCCCCCCGGAUUCGGGCAGGGCCACACCCACCCGGGUCUGGUGCGCGCGGCGACGAUGCCGGUCCACGGGCUGCCGAGCCCGGGUCUUGCCAGUCCGUUCGGCGCCGGGUACCCGGGCAGUCCCGGUGUGCCGGCGCAUCAGCAGCCGGGCAUGCCGACCCACCACACGCCCACGCCGCCCGUCACGUCUCCUGGCCUGCCGCCGCCGCCGCCUCCGCCGGCCGGCGGGUACAGCUCGUACAACUACGCUGCCAGCCAGGGCCAGCAGCAGCAGCAGCCGGCGGCGGGGGCGGGGGCGCAGAACCAGGCCUACAGCGUGCACCAGCAGCACUGGCAGCCGACCGAGGGGGAGCACGCCGUCAAGUACAAGCCCAAGACGGAGCCGAGGGGCAGGUUGGAGGAGAACGCCGGGCGGCUGGAGAGGGGCGUGUCGGGGAUGUUCAAGAAGUUUGAGAAGAAGUUUGGCUGA